AUGCCGUCUGUUACAGAUAUGAUCUCUGUGAAAAUAAACCACUAUAUGAUAAACAGGAAAAGCAGGGUUUUUGAGGAGGAGCACUUGCUGCUUGAUUAUGAUCAGCUUGGAUUUACUUUCUUGUUCCCAGCCAGCGUGAAUGUUGGUAUAGUGAAUGGCACAGAGGCUGAACCUCACUCCAGACCCUACAUGGUGUCUCUCCAAGCAGGGACUCAGCACUUCUGUGGUGGCUUCCUUGUGAGUGAACAAUUCGUCAUGACGGCUGCGCACUGCCAAAAUCAAAUAAGGUGUUACCUGUUGGUUCCUCUUAACAGAGUAAAAAAAUGGACAGAUGUGACAGCAGUGAUAGGUGCUCAUAUUCUGAAGACCAACAUCUUUCAGCGCAUACAAGUGACGGAGAAAUACAGCCACCCACACUUUACCAAUGACCCAAAAAACCCAGCAAAUGACAUCAUGCUGCUGAAGCUAGCCAAGCCAGUUGUACGCAGCGAAAAUGCUGACUGGAUUUCCAUCCCAAAAAAAGACCAAGACAUUGAGCAAGACACCACUUGCAGUAUAGCUGGUUGGGGACGCACAGAAAACAAUGGAUCUGUUAGUGAUGUUCUUUUGGAGGCAAAAGUCACGAUGUUAAGCAGCAAGAAAUGCAAACAUUGGUGGAAAUUCAAUAACAUACUGUGUACAGACACUCAUCAUGGGGGAUUUUGCACGGGAGACUCUGGAGGUCCUUUGGUGUGUAAUAAUACUGCAGUCGGAAUCAUGUCCUUCUAUGUCAAGAACUGUGUAACUCCCCCAACACCAUAUGGCUACACCAAGAUUUCUGGAUUCCUGCCCUGGAUCAAAGAAAUAAUGGGUAAAAUGAAAUAAUCAGUAUCGUGAGGGGUUCAUCGGGGCUGACUUGACCUUAAAACUGUCGUUCAUGAUUCACAACAAAUAAUUCCACUGUAAAGAAGCUUCUGACUGGCUAUACAAGUUUUAUGUUACUUUCAUGUGUUACUUUCUAGAGAGUAAAUCCUGUCUUGUUACACAUGUGAAAUGAUAAAACAUAAAAGGUUGAAAAUGAACCAAGUGUGGAAAGAAAACUCCCGAUCUUUACUGAUAUAAGUAACACAGCAUCAUCCACUACCUACCACACCUACCCCUGUUACAUCUUAUGUGUUUUAAUAUAAUUAGGACAUUACCAGAAUUUAAUUUUUAUUAAAAAUAAGGCACUUGAUUUGCAUUGAUAAAUCCUAUAUUAAUUUCCUUAUAUAGAUACUGACACAAAUUCUUUACAACACAUUUCACAAGUUAGCUUCCACCAUCACAGCACAGACGGCCCUGAUGUCUGAUUUUCACGCUCUUAUUCAUUAUGCAUCUCAUCCAUGAUAACCUUUUUUAAACAAAUCCUUCACAAUCAAUGCAAUGCAAGUAACUUUGUGUAUAUACUAAUAAAUAUGUACUAUUUUCCUUUCUACAUUUCACAAGAGGGACCUUCUAGAAUGAUACAUGUACAAAAAACAUUUCGGACAUGAAUACAGGAUCAUUCAGAAACAGCAUUUCAUUUGGUCUUGGAGGCGAUGAGUGUCUGUCUAUUAGAUUUUGCAAGUGAGGUAACAUACAGUGUUUGUCUGAUUUUCGAAACUUUAAGAAAAUUGAGCUGAACAGGGAGUGAACAGUCGAUGCUCACUGGUUUUUAUGCUGCAUUUUGGGAACUUUCAGGGAAUAAAAGUUUCAGUGCACGGAAAUUAUCUUAACAAUGAGAGACUCUAGAAAAUGGCUGAUUCCCUGGACAGUACCACAACUACUGACUUAGGGAGCUCAGACAGCUAAUUAUGCUAAAUAUUUAUUGCAUUUUAAAUACAUAACAUGAAUAUUUUGGUUAAUGAUGUUUGUGGGUGGAGUGUCAUGCCACGAGAACUUCAACUUGUUUAAAACAUAACAAAAGCAAGUAAACAACUAAAUUAAAUUAUUAAGAAAAAGAUCCUAGUAAAAAAAUUAGCCUUCACUAUUUUGUUGUUGCCAAAUAAAUGUUUGGAUAGUGUUAUUUCAAACUACUAAAUUGGUUCAAGGUCAGAGUUCAAAAUUCAUUUUAGACUUGUAACCGACUCGGACUUUAGACUAAAAGUCUUUUGCUUUGAAUGACCUCAUGCUUUAAUUCUGUUUAUUUUAUUAAAAUGAAUCAAUGAACAUUCCAUUUUGUUACUACUGAAACAAUCACAGCACUACCAAAACCAAAUGUUUCAGUAGUGACUGUUUCGGUACUGACAAUUUGAGCUCAUUUUGAGCAGAACUCAAAAACGCUAGCCAGUACAUGACUAGCAAACACAGCUUUAAACACCUGUACACACAUAAAUUCAUCAUGUUUUUCAUAAAACUCUAAAAAAAAAACUUAGCAGAAAGUAUGUGUUUCGGUCGUGACAAUUCUUAAUGCUACACACUGACACAUUCACUUCAAAACAAUGGGAUCUAACUGCUCACCAUGUGGUCAUGAGGGACAGGGAUGCAGUCUCACUUCCUGCUCUAAAAUGCAGGGGUGUGGCUAAAAUAACACUCCGCCUAUAGACGCAGAAGUUAUAGAAGUUUUUAUGUUUGAAAAUUCAACUCAUCAUAAAUUUAAAUCUUUCAACUUUACUUUAAAAUAAUCAAAAAGAUCUUUUCAAAAACAACACUGAAAAAAAAUGCAAAAAAAAUCAAGUUUUUUUUCAUAAGCUGGAACUUGUGAGGUGUUUAUUCAAAGAAACGCUGUAUACUUGGGUGUGUUAUUGUGCCCGUUCUCUAAUUAAGCAUCAAAUGUACACUGUUCAGUAUCAGGGCCAAAAGCUCAUUCUGGUAAUGCACCAGUAAAUGUUUCAAAACUGAUGUCUAUCAGCAAAGAAUGUCAUCAGGUUUGGCCUUGAGCUGGGCCAAAUGCAAAAGAAGCACAGACCCAUUUCACUAGAGGCUGUAGUUAAACUGAAUGCAAUUAUUUGUAUAAUCCACAAAAAAGCGUAAAGAUGCUUUUGAUAAAAUGUUUUACCAAGGCCUAUAAAAAGUAAAUUGUGUGUGUACAUCAAAUACAUGUUUUAAUGGACUUAACAUAUUAAACAUACUAAUCCUCUUAAGUCUCUAUUUUGAGCUAGUUGCAAGUAAACAUGGUACUUGGUCUAUUUCAUGUGAAUUUCAUUAAAGUAAAAUGAAUCACUGAGAAUGCAAACUGAUAGAACUCUAUCUGUACAGCUCAUCACUGCAGAGGUUUCAAUCUGAACAGUAACGACCACAUGUCCCUUGGUCUGAUGCCAGUCAUGACACACAGGUCACAUAAGAAAUUUCACAGAAAUAUGAUCAUUUUGAAUCGUUGUGAAAGACAAAAAAUGAAGAAAACCAAGUUGUUUCCAAUUGAACUAUAUUUGCUCUAAAACUGAAAACUGUUUUGUAACAUACUGAAUUAUUUGAUCAGGAAUUGUCAUGAAGUAAAUCUGGACGUUGCUCCUGAUAGAAGCUACAGUUUUACUUUACAUUUUCCUGGUACUUGUGUUUUAGCCAAAGCCAUUGAUCUGAUGACAUCAACUGUUUGAAAUUAUGUUGUUCAAUGUGAUCACAUCAAGGCCUACUGCCGCUUUGAUUAGCCGUUUCAUGAAACUUGUUUCACAAAGUCAAGGUGCUUGCAACUGUUUCAGCUGAGUUUCAAGGGAGUUUCAGGACACUUUACAUCAUGCAAUUUAAAUGCAAUUUAGUUUCAUGUGAAUUUCAAGCAAUUAACAUUGCAUGGAAAUUUCAGCAUAUAAAACCAGCCAUAAACUUUGUGAAUAACUGGAAUGCUUCUUUCAAAGAGAAGGCCUGCAGGCGAAGUCACUACACUCUCGAAAAGGGUUUUUGGGGUGAUGCCUGAAAUGGUUCCCCAAGGCCCUUUCAAUGAGUGACUCUUAAAAGAACGAUUGUUGUGAAUAAGAUGUGAGAGUUUGGAGGAAAGUUUUAAAGUUUACAGAACAAUACAUCCAAGCUAAUGCUGCGCUUACAUUCUGAGGGUAGUUGAUGGCAAACUGGACAUUCCAGUGUUUUCAGUGAAGUAGCGAUCAAAAAUUCUGCCACCCCUGGCAGCAAGGGCAGCGUACCGCAGCGGUCAGUGGAACGAUCCACCAACAGCUACAUUUUCCCUUCUUUUGCUUUCUUUUGCUGUCAGCCAAAGCAAUGGAAUAAACCAGAUGCUGAUUAUUUGGGGACCUUGAUGAACAUGAUCAGUCACACACAUCCAGGCACACACAGUAUUAUACAACAAAAAAUAAGAGUACAGACCAUCGUCCUGCCUUUUUUCCACCUUAAAUAAACUAUUAACACUGCUAAAUGCAGAGGUUCCUCCAUUUGAAUGUAUUUUGAAGGCAGUGUAGAUGUAUGAUUCACUGCCUUACACUUCCCACAGUCCUGUCAGCGCUGUUGCGGUUAGGAUGAAAAAUGGCAGAAGCCAUAAGCGCUGGCACAGAAAAACCAGUUUGUGCACAAAUGAGCUGUUUGUAAUUAUUAUAACUAAAUGUUUUAUUUCUGGAGAAAAAAGUCAAUGUACUUGUUAUCUAUUAAAGUUAAUUAAAAAACAUCACCUGUGUUUUGUUGUGUAAACACCUAUUGACACUACACCUACAUUAUAUUUUGUAAUUGUAAAGCUUUUCAAACAUCAUUAGUUCUGAGACCUCAACCUGACUGUGAUUGGUCCAGGGCACGGAGCGAGCUUCUAGUGGUGCUGAA